AUGUCGCGAACUAGAGUUCUGCUGGUCGGAGCUGCGGGCGAAACGGGCGGCUCUAUUGCGAACGGACUGCUCGAGAAUCCCGGCUUUGAGGUUCAUGCCCUCGUCCGUCCCCGUUCGGUUCAGAAGCCUGCCAUCGUAGCCCUGCAAGAGCGAGGCGUACAAAUCCGCAAAGGCGAUCUCAAGGGCCCCGAGGAGUCCCUCGCCGACGUCUUGACCGGAAUCGAUGUCGUUGUCAGCUGUGUCGGGCCUGCGGAACAGCAGGACCAAAUCCCGCUCGCUAAGGCCGCAAAGAGUGCCGGAGUCCAGCGAUUCAUCCCAUGUGGAUUCAUUACUGUGGCACCGCCCGGUGGGAUCAUGUGGUUGAGAGACGAGAAAGAGACAGUGUACAACCACAUCAAACAGCUCCGACUUCCUUACACCAUCAUCGACAUCGGUUGGUGGUACCAGCUUUCUUACCCCCGCCUCGGUUCCGGAAGAACCGACUAUGCCAUGACUACAGCGAACAACGAAAUCGUCGGUGAUGGCAACACUCCUCUUGCCCUGACGGACCUCAGAGAUAUUGGACGCUACGUCGCCAAAAUCAUUGUUGAUGACCGCACGCUGAACAAGAUGGUCUUCGCCUACAACACGGUCUUGACGCAGAAUCAGAUC